AUGGAGACCUUAACCCGAGACCAGUACAUCUACAUGGCGAAACUCGCCGAGCAAGCCGAGCGCUACGAAGAGAUGGUCAAAUUCAUGGGCAAACUCGUCGUCGGCACGGCGUCCACCGGCGCCGAACUCACCGUUGAGGAACGGAACCUAUUAUCUGUGGCGUACAAGAACGUCAUCGGCUCUCUCCGAGCGGCGUGGCGGAUUGUGUCGUCCAUCGAGCAGAAAGAGGAAGGCCGCAAGAACGACGACCAUGUGGCGCUAGUCAAGGACUACAGAUCGAAGGUCGAGUCAGAGCUCUCGGAUGUGUGUGCUGGGAUUCUGAAACUUCUGGAUGAGUUUCUGAUUCCGUCGGCGGUGGCCAGUGAGUCUAAGGUUUUUUACUUGAAGAUGAAAGGAGAUUAUUAUCGGUAUCUUGCGGAAUUCAAAGUCGGAACCGAGAGGAAGGAGGCUGCUGAAGAUACUAUGCUUGCCUACAAAGCUGCUCAGGAUAUUGCUCUUGUCAAUCUUGCUCCAACACAUCCUAUAAGGUUGGGGUUAGCACUCAACUUCUCAGUUUUCUACUUUGAGAUUCUUAAUGCAUCAGAGAAAGCUUGUAGCAUGGCAAAACAGGCCUUUGAAGAAGCAAUUGCAGAGCUGGACACUUUGGGGGAGGAGUCCUACAAGGAUAGCACUCUCAUAAUGCAACUCCUGAGGGACAAUCUCACUCUUUGGACUUCGGAUAUGCAGGAGCAAAUAGAUGAGGCUUGA